AUGAAAAAAGGUAAUGUCAUGCCUUUAAGAAAAUUGGUGAUAAAUGCAGUAAAAACUGUUGACGAUCAUGACAAAAGAAGAAAUGUGAAAAAUACUAGGAUCAAAGUUCUCAGUAGGGAGCGGACAACAAAUAUAAAAUCAGAUUUUAAACAGCGUAUGUUACUAAGUGAAUUUUUACGAAAGGUAAUGUUUGGAUGCUUGGUUUCUAAUCUAUCGCCCCACUUUCAUUUGGUCGGUAGGUGCGAAAAACACAAUAGGGUAGAAAGAGACGAGAAGAAAUUCAAAAGUGGAUCCAAGCAACAAUGGAGGAGGAGUGAGAAUGGAAGCGCUUCCGCAAUAAUCGCACACUUCAUUUUCGCAACCAUUUUCUUUGCAUUUUUCGAAUUAGGGAUACUUGGAGAUAGACAAGUUUUGACUUUUAAUAAAAGCCUGUUUUUGUUCUUAUCAGUUUUUAAAUGGAAGAUUUCAUUAUGGUUGUCUAAAUACAAUGACAUCAUAAUAUUUGAGAUCUUACAGUUCAGUAUCAAAAAAAUGGAAAUUUUAGCAGAAAAGAAAUUCAUAAUUGUAUCAAAAGCGGAUGUGCGAGUUAUUAAAUACACGAAUCAAAUUAAAACCCUUUUAAAACUAAUGGGUGCCCUAAGUGUCUGUGUCAGUAGUAAGACGACUAAAAGGCGUGGCAAUUUACAACCAACACGACAUGUGAAAUAUAUGAAAUAUGGAAUUGCGAAAGAUGCUGUCUUUAUUUUGGGAAAGUCUCCACACUUGGUUAAAAGAUUCAAAACGUUUACACGACUAGGUUUAUAA